CGCGCAGUGUGGGGGGCGCGCCUUCAUCUUGCCCUCUUGCAGUGAGUCUGGGGCAGUGUGUCCAGAGAAGGGCGAUGGCCGCAAAGGUGGAGCCGUUGCUGCCACUGUUACCUGUCAGAAACAGUGCCAGAUGGGGACCGGCAAAAGCUGGGAGCCGCAAAGUGGAAUUCCUCUCCGAAAUCCUCGCUGUGUUGCCCUUCUACCCAACACGGCUAAAAUCUGCGACGGUUUGCCUAGCUGGGAUACUAAGCAAAGAAUGCCCUUCAUUGAAGCCAAGUGAAAUGGGUGGAAGAACGGAAUUUCUAAUGACUGCUGACUGCGGGCCUUUGGUUGAUACCCUCAGUUUCAGUCAUACUCGAACAACUAUAAGACUUGCCAAUUGUGCAAAUGGUUGGUCCUGUCAUGCUUUGACUUUUCAGGAGGUGAAUGACAAAUGCCAUAAUGGUCUUUCGAUCCAGAUGUUUCAGCAGUUAUUCAGCUCAAACACUUGUGCGUUUCUUCUGGACGGUAGGCAACAUCUUCAUCGUCGUUAUUCUAGCAUCAAUUCAUUGCAGCAAUGCAGAAUGUAUGGCUACUAUAAGAAUGAUAAGAGUUAUUUUGGUGAAAAUAAUGCUGUCCCUCUUCCACGAGGGAACAGCACAAUAUACUAUGAAAUUUUGAAAGUGUCUCCAAAUGCUACACAUAGUCAGAUCAAGUCUGCUUACUACAAGCAAUCAUUCAUUUACCAUCCAGAUAGAAAUGCAGGCAGUGAGGUGGCAGCAUUGAGGUUUACUGAAAUCAAUGAAGCAUAUUCAGUGUUGGGCUCUGUGAGCCUCAGGAAAAAGUACGAUCGAGGAAUUCUGACUCCUGCAGAUUUGCAUGUUGGUAAAAAACUUUCAAACAAACCCCGAGUCUCAACAGUAAAACAAGCACAGGCUGAAAGUUCCGAAGAUACGUUAAAUGAUGGGAAAUCAAAGUUCAAUUUCGAUGAGUUCUACAAGGCUCAUUAUGGAAAACAACUGGAGAUGGAGCAGUUACUUCGCUUGAGAAGGAAGCAGCAUCGCAAAAAUAGGGAAAACAUGGAAAGAAGAUGGAAUCUUCAAAAGCUAAUGGAGAUGACAGUGACUCUUAUGGCUAUUACAGGAUUUGUGAUCUUGUUCAGUUUCAGAAGCAAUUAAAUGAAUGUUAAGUUUCUGUAGGAAUUUUUAAUUCAAGAUUGCAGGUGCUGUCAUAUUAGCCGCAACUCAUAAAUCCACCCAUGGUUGCAGUAGUUACUGAGUUCUUAUAAUUACUGCAAGGUAUUUUACUGCUGCAAUCAUGUGAACGUUUGAGGGGGAUAAAACAAUGCAAAUGCUGGAAAUAUGAAAAUAAACUGGCAUAUAGAGUAGGCCAGGUAAUGUCUGUAAAGUAGCAAGGAAUUGUUCUGAAAUGGUGCUUUUAUUCUUUACAUACUCAGGCUGACCUGUGUAUAACUAACAACUUUUGCCUUAUAAACAUUUUUUCUUGUUUCUUUUAAUAUUGCUAGUUUUUUAUAUUCAUAUUUCAUUUGCAUAUAUAAAAAAAUAACCAUGCUUGCGAUGCAGCAGAAAAUAGACUUUGAAAGCAACAGUUAUUUUACAUCGAAGAUAGACAUAAAAUGCUGGAGUAACUCAACGGGUCAGGCAGCAUCUCUGGAUGUUAGAAAAGGAUUAGGUGACGUUUUGGGUUGAGACCCUUCCUCAGACCGAGUUAGGGGAGAGGAAUACUAGAGAUUUGAAGAGGUUCAUGUUUCAUAUCUCUAGUUUCCCUCUCCCCUGACUCUCAGUCUGAAGAUGGUCUCGACCCGAAAUGGCACCUAAUCCUUUUCUCCAGAGAUGCUGCCUGACCCGCUGAGUUACUUUGUGUCUAUUUUCAGUGUAAACCAGCAUCUGCAGUUCCUUUUUACACAGUUAUUUUUCAUCAGCUGGUUGCUGAAAGGGAAAGGCUUAGCAUGUAUUUUAUACAGUAACUACAAUGUCAAUGUAUCGCUAUUCAUUAUUUUAUCAUUUCUAUACUCUCUCUUUUCACAUGUCUCAGGUUACAGAUUACUUCUAACAACCUUACAGAGGUAGUUGCAGUUUCAGUGAGCUUUUAUCCUUUAAACCCACUGGUUGAAAAUAUCUAAUUAUUUUAUCAAAAACUUUCAGUCUUGCACUUAUGCCUGACUACACUUAAUUUGACACACUUCACUUUACCUAGCCAUGUACAAUCCCACUUUGGUACUGUUGCCUUUAGGUUCUCUGUGCUCUAAGCUCUGAGAUUCCCUCAAAUCUCCUCUACCUCUUGAUCUUUAAAACCUACCUCACUGACAAACCUUUUAGUUGCCUGCCAAAAGUGUUAUUUGAUAUCAAAUUUUAUUUGAACACCUUAGAAACUUUUCCUACAUUAAAGAUAUUACCGAUGUGCAGGUUGUCCAUUAAACAUGAAUUGGUGGGUUGCAAGUAUAUAUUUCUUGGUGCAGUCACAUUUGAAACUUCAAUGUUAGGAGAUGUACAUCGCUGAAGGAAUAAAAACAGAUAACAAGUAUAGUUAAUGAUGUGAUGCACGGAUUGAACCUUCAAUUGGAUGAGCCAUUUAGUAUUUUGAUGCUGUUCUAACAUUCUGUAAAUCAUGACUGAUUUGUGCCGGAGAUAUAAUUGCCUGCAUUUGUUCUGUAAACCUUAUUACCUUGCCAACACAACCUUAAUUUUGGAGAAUUUCAGUGGUCUCAGUAAGCCCAAUCUUACUGGGAACAAGAAUUAACCAUCCCAUCUGCUUUCCUAAUAUUUCUAAAUGGCCAAGUUUCAUUUUUAAAGUAGUACCCUCUUUUCUGAACUCAGCACCUGAAGAAAAAUGUUCCCGGUAUUUUAUUUAUCAAAUUUUUGUGCUCUUUGAAGCACAGUUUAAAUCGUUCUCCCAUCAUUUUAAUGAAAUCAUUUCUAAUAAUAGAAUCCCAAGUACAAACCAAGUAAACAUUUUCCAUGAUUUAUAUUUCUUUCAACAAGUACUGCUAUAACGCAACAAUUGUGUAUCUAAGAAAUCUUGUGUUAUAGAAAAUUACAUUAGUAAAAAAUUGUGUCAAUGGAAGAAAAGGGGGUCAGGUGCUAGAAAAGUUUAUACUUGCAAUAACAACGUUUUUUCCCUGCAAGAUUUUCAAAAACAAAGGUCUUUUUAAUAGCUUUGUUUAUUGCUAACCGCAAGCUAAAAAAUACUUAAAGCUAUAUGGUCACAUUGUUUAUUGAGGUAUCAUUGAACAAGCUGUCAAUAGAAGCUAUUGCUUGUCCAUUUCUAAUGGGCACCAAUGGUGAAACAAACAUAUUGCAUUAAAAGACAAUAGUGUCUAAUUACGGUGGGGAGGUUGUAUUGAAACUAAUUUAUUUUCUCCUACCUGACUUUAUUCCAAGACAGGUAUUUUUUCUGCUUGGCAAUUGGCAAAUUAAUUUCAACUGCUCCUCCAGUUCCUGAACUAAAUCAUCUUAUAUUCAAUUUGGCCCAUGUAAUGCAAAUAGUGUUCCCAUAUUCAUCAAUCGGAUUUUAUCCAAUUUAUGGUAUGCAAAACUAACAUACUUCAUGGGCCAAAAGCAAAUGCAGUUUUCUAGAGGGGUUCCUUUUAAGUUAAGCAUAACUUGUUCACUUUCCGUUCCAAUUUUCGAUACAUAAAGGGCAACAUUACAAAAUCUUGCAGACAGGCCAUAAAGCAAUCAAGUUUGACACAAGAAAGGUACAAGGUUGAAAACUUUUCACUGUUCACGUUAACUUCAUUGGAUCUAAGGUAAGUUUUACAUUUUUAUCCUUUUCAAAAUAGCUAACACCAUUGUAGCCAUUGUAAUCUGUUCCACUUUAUAAUACUUGCAUUCUCCUAAUUCCGGGCACUGGAUCACUCUCUAAUUUGUCUAUGGUUAGUGGCUGCAUCUUGAGCUAAUAUAAUCCUUAAAGCCAAGAAUUCACACCUUAAACAGUUUCUAUAUCUUUCCUCUUUUCAUGCACUAAACAACUGAGCAAUCCUUUGGUCAUCUGGCGUAACAAUUCCUUAUCUUCUUGCGUAUGGCGUGCACAGCCUAAAAUUGUAGGUCAAGGGUAGACAUCCAGUCCAGGACAGCAUCAGUUGCUGGGUGGAUGGCUUUGAUACCAGCAGGGAAAAGCCUCAGUGAGCAAUUCCUUAUGACUAAAUAUCAUAUUUUGUCAUAAAAGAUUCUUGUUAAGUACCGGGAGUUUUUUGCUACAUAAAGUUGCCUUGGAGAAGUAUAAGUUGUAUAUUUUUUGCUGGCUUAUGUGCUUUUAAAUUGGAAGCCACUGGUUAGAAAAUUUCAUUUUCCUGAGGUUGUUACCUGAUUAGUGGAUAAAUCCUAAAUUAGAGUCAGGAUUCAUGUCAGAAUAACGGAAGCAUGGAUUUACCGUUUCUGUAUAAUCUCUAUGUUUUCAUCUUUCUGGUUUACAUUGUUAAGUCUUCUGAAAUUAAUAAACAUAUAUAUAUUCUUUCCCCAGAAGUGUAGGUAAUUUGCACAGCUGUGUAAGAUCCAAGGUGAAGGACAUUCUUACGGGGAUUGCUGGCAACUUUUCUUACAAAGCACAUGUUGGAAAUGGAUGGCGUUAAUCCACAGAAGAAUGUAGAAUUUACAUUUCUAUGCACCAAAUUACUACAUAUGCACUAAAAUUGCAUUAUUUUCCAGUGAGAAAUAGUUUAUAGUAAAUUUUAUGACAAACAUAAUCUGUUAUGCGAGAGGCAGUACUUAGUUUUAUUGCUGUAAGUUAUGGUCCUCAGAAAAUUACCUCUAGGCUUUUAUAACCAUUUAAAAUGUGUUCUGUCACAUAAACAAGUAGGCAUCCAAAUGUGCAGGCAUUAAGUUAUAUGCUUGGCGACACUAUAUCACCUAUGAUACAGCUGAAAAAGAGGAACGGAACUGAAUUUCUUUUCCAAAAUAUUAUUCAUACAAUGGCAUUAAUUGGACAUUAACAAUCUACAUUAUAAUAAAUUAUACAGGAUGUUGUGCUAUUGAAUUUUUGGCAAGAAUAUGAGAGUUUAAAAGCCUUGGCUAUUAUUUUCUAUUUAUUUUAUGUGCACCUGUACAUUCCUGAUUAGAAUUACUUGAAGAUAUCAAAAUAUAAAAUAAAUUUUAUUUGUUUAA